UCUCAUUGCUGCUUGUGAGCCUGACACUGGUCCUGGGCCAGUCAGAGGGUAAAUCAGAGGGGGUCAGAACUGGAACUUCACCUGUAAAAUGUCGCCUGCAAGGUUCCGAUCGUCUACCCGCAUUCACCAUGAAUGGGGACUUCAUCAUUGGGGGUGCUUUUUCAAUCCACUACAAGGAGCUCACAAAGACGCACAACUACACCAUUGCGCCUGAACCGCCUAGCUGUGCAAGGGGCAUAAACAGUCGAGAACUGCGCUUCUCUCGGACAAUGAUCUUUGCAAUCGAGGAGAUUAACAACAGCACAGAACUGCUGCCAGGUGUCAAACUGGGUUAUCAGAUCCACGAUUCGUGCGCUUCUGUGCCCGUGGCCAUGCACGUUGCAUUUCAGCUGUCAAACGGGCAGGACCCUGUGUUUCAGACAGGUGACAAUUGUUCUCCUUCUGGUGUAACAAUGGCUGUCGUUGGCGAGUCUGGAUCCACGCCAUCUAUUAGCAUCUCGCGCAUUUUCGGGCCCUUCAACAUACCUUUGGUGAGCCACUUUGCUACCUGUGCCUGCCUGUCAGAUAAAGAGCAGUACCCAACAUUUUUCAGAACAAUUCCCAGUGACCAAUUUCAAGCCGACGCGCUAGCCAAGCUGGUGAAACACUUUGGUUGGACUUGGAUUGGAGCUGUCCACUCAGAUUCAGACUAUGGAAAUAAUGGCAUGGCAUCUUUUCUCCAUGUAGCACUCAGAGAGGGGAUCUGUGUGGAAUACAUUGUAUCUUUCUAUCGGACUGACCCAACCAGCAAGAUUCGAGAAGUAGCCAAUGCCAUCCGCAGGUCAACAGCAGUAGCUGUUGUGGCGUUUACAGCUGCUGGUGAUAUGAAGGUCCUAUUAGAGGAGCUGGCCCGGAACCCUGCUCCCCCUCGUCAGUGGAUUGGAAGUGAAUCCUGGGUAACAGACCCUCUCUUAAUGAGCUUCGGUUUCUGUGCAGGAGCCAUCGGCGUUGCCAUCCAGCAAUCUGUCAUCCCAGGUUUGAGAGACUUCCUUCUGGAUCUCUCUCCAUCUGAAGUAGCUGCCUCUUCAGUUCUUACUGAGUUCUGGGAGGAUGCAUUCAACUGUAGCUUGACAAAAAGUACAACUGUAAAGCGCAAACUGUGUGAUGGAACUGAAGACUUAAAGACAGUAAAAAAUCUCUAUACUGAAACAUCUAAAUUCAGAAUUACUAACAUGGUUUACAAGGCUGUUUAUGCAAUAGCACACGCUAUUCACAAUGCAGUGUGUAAGAAUGCAAAGUCAGUCAUUCAGUGUGAACAACACAUCAGACUGGAGCCCAAACAGAUUUUCACUGAAUUAAAGGAAGUCAACUUUUCCCAAAAUGGUUAUCAUGUAUCUUUCAAUGCUAAAGGUGAUCCUCUGGCAUUUUAUGAGCUGGUCAACUGGCAGAAAACUGAGAGUGGAGUUAUUGAACUGGUAACAGUGGGGUACUAUGAUGCAUCACUGCCCAUAGGCCAGGAGUUCCGUAUCUACAAGAAUUUAACAUGGGUGGAGGGAAGCAUGCAAGUACCAGUAUCAGUGUGCUCAGAGAGUUGUCCUCCAGGAACUCGUAAAGUGUUGCAGAAAGGAAAACCCUUCUGCUGCUAUGACUGCAUACCAUGUCCUGAAGGGGAGAUCAGUAAUGUGACAGAUGCUCCUGAUUGCAUCCCAUGUCUCAGUGACUUCUGGCCUAACUCAGUGAACACUGCUUGUUUCCCCAAACCUGUGGAGUUUCUUUCUUUUGAUGAAGUGCUGGGAAUCAUUCUGGAAGCGUUCUCUGUUAGUGGAGCCUGUCUGGCCAUCAUAACAGCAUUAGUUUUCUUUCACCACAGGACAACUCCAAUUGUCAGAGCCAACAACUCUGAGUUGAGUUUCCUGUUGCUCUUCUCUCUGACUCUGUGUUUCUUAUGUUCUUUAACUUUCAUCGGAGCACCUUCUAACUGGUCCUGCAUGCUGCGACACACAGCCUUUGGCAUCACCUUUGUUCUAUGCAUCUCCUGUGUUCUUGGGAAAACUAUUGUGGUUUUAAUGGCAUUCAAAGCUACACUUCCUGGUAACAAUGUCAUGAAAUGGUUUGGUCCCCUACAACAAAGAAUGACUGUAGUAUCUUUUACAUUUAUUCAAUUUUUGAUAUGUACUGUAUGGUUAGUUGUGAGUCCUCCUUUCCCAGUGAAAAAUCUAACCACAUACAAGGAGAAGAUCAUCCUGGAAUGUGCAUUAGGCUCUGCUGUUGGCUUCUGGGCUGUGCUCGGCUACAUUGGCCUACUGGCUGUUUUUUGCUUUGUGUUAGCUGUUUUAGCUCGGAAACUACCUGAUAAUUUCAAUGAAGCCAAACUGAUAACCUUCAGCAUGUUGAUAUUCUGUGCAGUCUGGAUCACCUUCAUCCCAGCAUAUGUCAGCUCUCCUGGGAAAUUUACUGUGGCUGUGGAGAUAUUUGCCAUUCUGGCUUCCAGCUUUGGACUGAUACUGUGUAUAUUUGCUCCAAAGUGUUUCAUCAUUGUGUUUCAGCCAGAAAAAAACACCAAAAAAUAUUUAAUGAACAAGAAUUGAUUGAACAUUAUUGUCAAACAUUAAAAGAUGAGAUGAAACGAUGGGCGAUGUAAAAUAUCUCAAGCUGAUAGUUUUUUUUUUUGCAGUAAGUGAAGUCCUUAGGUCAUAAUUGUUUUCCAUCUAUGGUAAAUGUUGAUGCACACCUGUUCUACUUGUAUGUUUUUCUUUAUUGUUAUUUUUAUCUAUUUGUGACAUAUUGUAAAGUUACCUGGAUAUUUCUUUAAAUAACAAAAUAAAAUAUAAAACUUCA